AUGUCUGAAGAAACCUCCAAGAGAAAGUUGGACGACGAAGAGCACACAGCCAAGAGGCAAAAGUCUGACGAAAUAGGCGUGAAUGGCGCUGCCAGUUUGCAGGAGCUCAGAAGCUCAAUUCUUGCAGAAGUUCACUCCCUUUAUGAAGCCAGAAUAACGAGUUUGGAGAGCAAGGUGGCGGAAUUGCUGGGGAAUAAAUCGCCAGCGUCCAUUGUGAAAACAUUUGAAGACAAGCCUCGUGAUUUGCUGGUCUCGGAGGGCCCAAAACUGGGUUCUUCUGCUCCUAAAUUGACAGCCUCCAAACAGCCAGAGCAGAGCAAGCCCAAGGCUACUUUCGGAGCCAGUCUGUUCUCCAUCAGCGCCAGUGUGGCCACGCCUACCAACUCGUUCAACUCGACCACAAAAGCCACAGAAACACCCACCGCUCCCAACUCCUCGAAAAGCUCACCACAACCAGUUUUUGGGGCAACUACUUCCUUUGGAAAAAGCCUCCAAGAAAACUUGAAAAACCGCAAGAAUGUGUUCGAUUCGAUACCUUCACAAUAUGAACAGCCCACGCCUGCACAACCAAGCAGUUCCUUUGGCGCCAACUCCAAGUUUGGCAACGCCUUCCAAGAAUCGUUGAAGAAGAAGUCAUUUCUCGACGAACAAACUCCAGACAGCCAGGAAGGCGAAGAAAAAGGGUCCACCCCACAGCAAUUCAAGCAGGUAGAGCUCGAGAAGAUCCAAAAUAUCCAAACCGGUGAGGAAGACGAAGAGUCCAAGUUCAAUGCCACCGCCAAAUUGUUCGAGCUCGACUUGUCCAAGAUCUCCGAAGGAUGGAAGGAAAGAGGCUUGGGCCCCGUUCACCUCAACCAGUCCACCAAGAAUAAGAACGAUUGCAGAAUAGUAAUGAGAUCAAACGGUCUCUUGAGGGUGAUUUUGAACUACAAAAUCACACCAGAAUCCAAGUUGCUCAAGGGAUUGGAGGCCAGUUUGACACCAGGCAAGUUCGUGAGGUUGAACUCCGCCAAUGCGCAAGGGCUUCCCAUCCAGUACUUGCUCAAAUUUGGUUCAGAGGCAACUAGAAACCAGUUCUACGAUGCUACUGAGGAGAUCAAAAAAGAGAUUGGCGAAGACAAGCAAGUGACAGGCGGAGCACAAUGGCUCUGA